AUGGUUCAGAUUUAUUUAAAAAUAUUUAAAGUUCUUUUAUUAUUUCUAUUCUUUACGGAUCUUAAUAUCUCAGCACAAGUCAUCCAAUAUAACUUCAAAGAAGUCGUUUCAACUGACUACAGAUGUGACUGUCUAUUGAUGUCAUUUAAACAAUCAUACCAGAACAGCACAAUAUUGUCAACACAACAUUUACACAACAGAACUGACGAUGAUGUAACUUCUUUCAGUUUUAAGGACGGAUCUUCAUUUCAAGACUUUCCAUCAAUGAUUUGUGACAAGUUCAAAAAUUUAAAAUCAAUUUUUAUGAAACGAGUUGUUGCUGCAUUGAUCGGCGACAAAACAUUUGAUAAAUGCACAAAUUUGGAGGAACUUGAGCUUUAUGCUAUUCAUGAGAAUGAGUUGGACGAUAAAAUUUUUAACAAAAAUUUAAAGUUUAGAAAUGUAAAAAUCUUGAGUGGCAGCUUAAAUACCAUCUCGAAAAAUGUUUUCGCUUGUUUAAAUCAGACAUUGACUGUCCUUAAUCUACACAUAAAUUCAGACUCUUUCAGAUUUCCACUAAACUUCACCACAAAUCUGACAAAUCUAAAAACUUUGCAGCUUUUUAUUGAGAAUCUUGUAAACCUGCCUCAAGAUUUCUUCGAAAAUUUGGAAAACAUAGAAAAUCUUCAAAUGAUAAGUUGCAAUAUUCGAAACCUUCCGAAAGACAUCUUCAAACCACUCAAAAAUUUACAAAUUCUUAAUUUGAUGAGUAACAAGCUAACAGCAAUUCAUAAAGAUUCAUUUGGAUCACAUCCUUAUUUAAUGAUUGCUGACUUUUCAGACAACAACAUUAUUUCAGUUGAUCCGAAAUUUUAUCAAUUCCCGAGCUUACUUUUUGUAAGCUUAUCUGAAAGCUGUCAUGAAGGAACACUAGCUGAUGAUAGUUUGAAUGGAACAAGGAAUAGGAAUGCAAACAACAACUGUACCAGGAACUAUAGACCACGAUGA